AUGGCUGAUGCUUCCGAUGAUAGCCGCGUUCGUGUGAAGCGUUACAGGCGGGAAUCCGAAGAAGUUUCUUUUCAGGAAAUCCCGACGGAGCGUGAGGAUGGCAGGGACGAUUCCAGCCCUGCUUUGACGCUGUCUUCAGGUGAUGGUUCCUUUGCCGUUGUGGAGGCUACUUCGGCUUUCGAUUUGUCUGUGCCAUCAUCCUGGAUGUCAGGUACCUUUGCCUCGCAGUUGGUGCCGGCAGUGCCCAAAGGGAAGCCUCGGCCUCGACCUUGCUUUGCGCCAAUAGACAGAUCUGUUCCGUCGACGACGGCACCAUCACAUGAUGAUAUGCCCAAAGCUCGACCGCUUUUCUCACAGCGUUCUGCUUUUACUUUGCGAUCCUCGCAGGAUGCUCGGUCUAGACCCACUUUUCGCCCCGCUCGCGAUUAUGCGAUCUACCCCUCGGAAUCCAGACUUUCUGGUGCAGCGUCUGGCUUUGCAGGUACAGGGAACGAGUCUGGCACCUCAGUUCAGGAUGACUCCUUUGUCGAUGACUUGCUUCAGGCUGCUGAUGCUUUUGCCUCUACGACUGAGUUUUCCUUUCCCCCGGAACCACCAAGGGUGGUACCUGGCAAGUUUGCUUUACCUGCUCGGCCUAUGAACUCCACAUCUCGAGUCAUCCUUCAGAACGAUGUGCAUGCCAAGCUUCGUGCCAAGGGACUUCUUUUGUGGCGUCAAUUAGUCCUGCUUUUGUCGCCUUUGAGCUCGGCCUUGCAGGAGAUUUUGGAGUCGGCAUCCUCAGAAGCUUUGCUCUCCCAGUUGGUCUCGUCUGUGGCUGACACUACACUGGUCAGGUAUGUGCAGAGCUGCCUGCAGUACUUUGCUCUGCUUCAGGACCUGGGUUUCGAUGCCUCGCGAAUCUCUCAGGUGCAAGCCUAUGAUGUCAUGAUACAGCUUUACAGGUCUCCUGAAGAUGAAGAGGAGGUCCCCGCGUCAUGCUUUCCACUCAAUACACUGAAGGCUUUGAGGUGGAUGGUCAAAGUGGCCACCAUUUCUUUCCCAGAUUUGUAUACAGGGCUUUUUCACUCAGUGGCUCAUCAACGGAAUGAGGCAGAUCGCAGGGAGUCGGUACCUUUGCCACUGGAUUUUGUGGCGUAUUUGGAGUUUUGCCUGCUUUCAAAUGCCUUUCCCGAGUUGCAGUUGAACAUCGGGGCGCUUCUUUUGAUGAUCUGGGGCUCCUUGCGGUUCAGUGAUGCCAUGCAUGUGAAGUGGGGUUCACUUCUUUACGAGCAAGAGGUGGGCCGCGGCAUUUCUUUCCGAACCAAGACCUCUGUGCGUGGCGCUCCUUUCGGAGUGAUCGGGGUCGGCCUUGUGGGCCCUUGGUUUUCCACCUGGCUUGCUUUACUGAAAAAUGAGUGGGUUCGUAUCGGAGCGGAGGCAGGCCAAGUGGAACCAGAUGCAUUACUUUUCCACUCGAGCGAUGAUGAGCUGUUUGUCCCCAUGACGUACGGGGAAGGGGGCUCACCGGUCCUCGAGCAGAACUCUCAGCUUUGCUCCACCAUUGAUGUGGAUGCUGACCUGGCAGGUGUGACGUCACCUUCGGCAUCGGGCUCUGGCGAUGUUGUGGCCCCGGAGAAAGCAGCCACCCUUCCUUUGCACUCGUCAGGUGAAUUGGGCUCCCCGGAGGAGCUGCUUUUCAUCGUCACUGCCAAGACUAUACACAAGGCGGUGGUAUGCUCUGAGCUCGAUCGUUGCACCACUUUCCAAGGAGUUCCCUUCGCAUCCUCUCACAUACUUUGCGUCAUGGCCCAGAACGAUUGCUUUCCGGAAAAUUUUUCGGAGCUUUCGGCAUGGGACCUCUGGGAUGCCUCGGAGAGGUUUGCAGGGCGGGAUGGUUAUUCCCGUGAACAAUGGUUCAACUUCUGGCGUGAAGCUUUGCAAACUGGGGUGGAUGCUCCGACACAGGAGCCUGACCCUGCUUUGCCCACGACUACCACGGUGGAGACGUCUACUACUUUACCCACCACCACCACUGUGGAGCCAGCACCUUCCGACGAACUGGAUGGUGCUACGACGGAGGAGGCAUCUACUUUGACAUCGGCAAUCGAUCCUUCGUCUACUUUCCCAGCUCCAGAAGCCCCUUACCAUGAAUGGGGUGAUGAAUGGGUUCCGACACCGGCGCCGACUUGGGAGGAAGAAGCAUGGGCUCCCGCUACUCCCUGGGUUCCCCCAGAGAUAACGGAGUAUCUCCAGCGCUAUGACUCGCGCCCGGAGCCCACUUCUUUACCUCCGACGACUCAGGGCCCAAGCGAAACUUUGCCCUGCACCGUGGAAGCCGACCCACCGGUCACGGUACCGAACGGGGUGCUUUCCACUGAGGAGCAGCCGUCUUCUUUACCUCCACCUACUACGGAGGAGGCUGACGAUUUCAACUACGUGCCGUGGAACUUUUCACAACUUUCGGAGGCGGACUUGUGGAAUGCGACAGCAUUCUUUGAAGACUGGAUGGGCUACGAUAGACAGCAGUGGCUUGAGUUUUGGCUUACUUUGAGGGCAUCUCGGGUGACUUCAUCUACUUUGCACCCGCCUCCAGAUGAUGCAGCUGGUUCUUCUACGGAGCCCACUCAAGCGCGGGUACUUGCGGUGCUACUUUGCUCGACCCCCACCAUGCUCACGUUCAUCGUUGCAGACUCUGUUAUGGAGAAUACCGUCGACGUCAGGGUGAUGGAUUCUUUGUCCCCGAGAUCUAGGGUGCAGCAGUUGGCCACAGCUUUGCAACUUUCGAUUCCGGCAUCUGCAGCAUCUCUCGGUGAUCUGACUUUGCUUUCUUUUGGUCUCGGCUCUGUGAACCUGGAAGGUCUCGAUGCCUUCCUCACGGCCAAAGGCUGGCGUGACUUUGAGAAAGCCUAUCCUUCGGAAGUUUUGGACGAGGAGGACUAUAACUCGGCUCGUCCCAAGAAGAUGGCGAAAUUCGAGAGCUUUACCGACGUCCUUUACGACGACGUGCCCUCACGCAACAUCGCUGAGAACAUGGGUCUGUACGGGAUCAGCAAUUUACUUUCCAUACAUUCGAAUGCCAUUGCUCUCGCUGACAUUGCUCACCUUGCUACUUUACGGGCCUAUGAGCGUAAGUUCCUGAAACAUGUUCAGGCCCGAACAGACCCAACUUUGCGUCCACCGAACGCACAGGAGUGCGAAGCAGCAGAUCGGCGAUGUUGGGAAGUUGUCGGGCAGCUCAGGCAGGAGGGUUGGUCGGUGGAUGAUGCUUUGCAUGAGUUCACAGAUGUUCGCGCAGAGCUUGUUGCUUUGCUUGCUCCCCGGCUCGCUCCUUUCAAAGGAAAGAAGGGAGAUGGAAAAGGCGGCAAAGACAACUGGAAGGGUCAGCCCCACAAAGGGGGCAAGACCCCGGGGGGCAGAGGUGGUGCAGGUGCCGGCAAGGGUAAAUCCAACUUUACCAAAGGCACCCAUGCAUUCGAAUGGGCAAGCAAGGCAAAGAUCAAUGGGGAGCAGAAGGUACUUUGCAUGGCAUACAGCACCCACAAAGGAUGCACCUCGGCCAAUUGCAAGUUUGAGCACCUUUGCCCCGUGCAGGCUCUUGAGGGGGACCGGGCCUCGAAGAUGCAGGCAGUGAAGGCCUGGUUCCAGUUACUUUGCCUGCAGAUGAUCCAGGAGAUGCUCAUUCUCAACGGCUUUUUCCUGGACAUCAACGGAGGGUCUCGUCGCCCACUCUCGGCAGCUUUUCUUGGAGCGGGCUGUGAUACUUUCUCAGUUGCUCCCGAGGUUUUCCCGGAACGCGACCUUUUGCAGGAUGACUUCUUCUUCACUUUGCUCAGGGUUUGUCACUCUGGGCAGGUGGCUCUUUUACAUAUCCUGCUCUUGGCCAGCGAUUUUACAUCGAUUUUGUUCGAGCGUAUGAUUCAGAUUGCACAUGCAUGCUUUGCUGCGGGGUCCCAUGUGUUGCUUUCUCAGCAUUCUUCGUCAGCAGUGUGGAGCCAUUCUUCAGUUCUCUUUCUUUUGCGGCAGAUGAGCUCCGAUAUCAUCUUUUGGGAUCCGCGGCAGUUUGGGUGCAACUUUUCGAACUUCGGCAUUUUGGCAGCCUCCUUUUCUUCUUUACAGCAUUUGGCGACAUCCUCUUCGGCAACCUCCGAUAAGCAGGCCACGGCAGGAUCGGCAACGUUCGCUCUAAGUGCGGAUUUUGUACUCGCUGUGGCCAAAAGUUCUUUGCAUCUCUUCUCUUCCAGAAGUCCGGAACCUCUAGACUUGCAUUUGAACCAGGUUCCUUUUCUGCGGCAGAUCAAGCAGACAUUUGAGCCACCUUUUGCGAAUCAGGAUGGUGCUGGGAUUUACUCGGUACCGCUCGGGGGCAAGCUUCUCGAAGCUCGUCAUACGGAGCUUAAAACCAAGCAAGAUCUUUGCAAGGUUCGUACCUCCAACCGCAUUUGGAUGAGGGUGACAAACCCCAAAUCUGACCGGCGUUCGUUGUCCCCAGCCUCGCGAACUUUUCUGGCCUUUUGGAAGGAAUGGUGUCAGCGGCCUCAGCCCUACACCUCACUUUCCAUUCCUUUGCGACUCCAAGUUGAGGCCUUCGCGGAUGCACGAGCAGAUGGAGAACUUAUUGGCAUCGGCGGGUUUCUUGCUUUUCCAUCCGGAAAAUGCAUAUGGUUCUCUCAAUCCUGGCAGCUUUCAGAUCUAUCUAUUUUGAAACUCGACCUGCGCCGGCCUGCACACAAGGAUACUGCCUGCUAUGAAACUCUGGCUCAGAUUGCUCUGGUUCACCUUUACAGGUCAGUCUUUCCUUCAGGUCGGGUAGCAGUUCGACUGCCCUCCUUUUCGGAUAAUGCCUCGACUGAGGCUCUGGGAGCAAAGCUUUAUACUUCCAAGUGGCCUCUGGGAGCUUUUGCCCAGAAACUUUCUCUGAUUUCGGCUGCAUCGGGUAUCGAGCUGGAUAUAUCUCAUAUCGCUGGUGAGAAGAAUGAGGACGCUGAUCUUUUGAGCAGGUGGAAUCAGACAGAUGCUUUACCUGAGAAGUGGCGGAAAGAGGACAGAGUGGACUGCUCUCUUCAGUUCAUUUGGUUCUUUCGCAAAGAGGUCCUGGUGUGGCCCUCUCACUUUUCUUUGCCAACUGGAAUGCAAGAAAGACACGUAUCGGAUGAUGACUUGUGA